UUUUCUGUGGUCAAGUCGCUACAUAGACAGUGGGAUAUGUACAAGGCAAAAAUUCUCGUUCUCGGGCCGUGUGAAAGUGGAAAGACAGCGAUAUCCAAUUUUCUCGCUGAUGCAACCGAUACGUCUGGUGGGGAGUACCACGCAACCCAAGGAGUCAGAAUUUUAGAAUUUGAAACUAAUCUGCACGUUGGAGGAAGAUUGGCAAAUGCUGAAGUGGAAUUAUGGGACUGUAGUGGUAAUCAAAAAUUUGAAACGUGUUGGCCAGCAUUCAUGAAAGAUACCAAUGGCGUAGUUAUGGUGUAUAAUCCUGACCAAUCAAAUCAUGAUAAACAGCUAGAAAUGUGGUAUUCUAACUUUGUUGUUGGGCAGGGUCUACGUGACUCACAGUGUAUAAUAUUUGCCCAUCAGAAACCCAAUUCAUCCAGCCACGCUAAGGUUCAACUCGGAAGCACAAUGGCCAAGGUCACUCAGGUGUCGACCAAUUUAGAAGAAGACCACGACGGCGUCAGAACCCACUUUGCUAACUAUCUAUCAAAACUUUUCACUGCAAUGACAGACAAACGUGAUCAAGAAGAACUUAGUAUAAUUAAUUAGCACUAAUUACCUUGAUUGCCCAUUAUGUACAUAGUGUUACCUUUAGUUAUAGCGACAUGACCUGUGUUUUUCAUAUUUUUCAACUAACAUCACUGGCAAAAUAAAUACUGAAUCACCAAACGAGUACACUCAGGAUGUUGGGGCUACAUUGUCUAUACCAUGACAAUGAAUGUUUAAUUUGUGCUGGUAUUCGUUCUGUACCACAAAUGUAUUUUGUAAUGUAAGGAGGUUCAAGCUGUUUUCAAGAUUACUGUAAAAUGACUAAU